CGUCAGACGGCCGCCAGAGCAUCCCGGUUACGCACAGCUCAGAGGCCCCAUCGACGGUUCGCAGCGCCAGAAAGCAGCUGAAGAAGAAGUCACCACAGCCGGGCACACGGCCACAUUCACACUCAGUAAUGGAGAGCCUGCUGGAUAAUCCAAUGAAAGCCGUUCUUUACCUGAAGGAGCUCACCACUAUCGUCCAGAACCAGCAAAGCUUGAUCCAGACGCAGCGCCAACGCAUCGACGAACUCGAGCGAAAGGUGGAGGACCUGAUCGGAGAGAACCGACAGUUGCGGGACCCUCAUCACUACGUCCAGCAGCCCGCUCAGCAGCAUCACCACCACCACCACCACCACCCGACUCACCGCAGCGCCAGUCCCCAGGCGCCGGCCCACCUCCAUCAGCACCCGGGGAGCAACAAAGCUGCGGCUCAUCUCGGUCAGCAGGCGCAGCAGCAGCAGCCGCCGCCGCAGCAGCAGCAUCAGCAUCAGCAGCAGCAGCAGCAGCAGCAGCAUCAGCAGCAGCAGCAGCAGCAGCAGCAUCAGCAGCAGAUCCCCGGUCUAUCGGCCCAGCCUCAGCAGCAUCCCACCCCUCCUGCGCCGUCCUCCCACCACCCGCAGCAGCUGCAGCUCGUCCCCACCUCGCCGCAGUCACCCAAAGCGAGCCAAGCCAGCCCGGACUCCGCCGAGGAGGACAAGAGGAGCCCCUGCUGCAAGUCCCUGGUUCCGCAGACUCCCACCGCGCUCUGCCGCUCAGUUGGACUGGCCAGGAAAGCGGACAACCAAACAGUGCUUCACCAGUUCUGCUGCCCCGCCCCAGAGGCCCCCGAGGGGGAGACCUCUACUGCCUGUGUCCCCAGCGAUGACCUUUCUCCAGAAUCGUCUAUGGGGGAAGGGAAGGGAGGAGAGGGGGAGCUGCAGAGUGAGGUCGAGUCACAACCGCAACCCGAGCAACAGCAGCAAGAGACACAGCCACAGACUCAGCCACCACAGCCACAACCCCAAUCUGAGCCCCAACCACAGCCCCAGCCUGAAACCAAACCUCAACCAGAACCAGAACCAGAACCCGAACCAAAACCCCAGCCUGCCCCAGAGCCUGAGCCGCAGCCCGAAGCCGAGGCUCCGAGCGGGGAAGCGCCACAGGAAGCCCCUAAAGCCCCUUCCCCUUGCAGAGAGGAGCCGACAGUGGCGGAGCAAGAGAAGGAAACGUUGGAAGAAGCUGUGGAGGCGAAGACAAAGCAAGAGGGAGAGGAGGCACAGGCCGAGCGGCAUGAGGGCGAGGCAGCACAGGAAGAAGAGGAGGAGGAGGAGCAGGAGGAGGAAGAAGGGGGAGGAGCAAAAGGAGGUGGGGCGGGGAGGAGAGCCAGCCUGCAUCACACGGCCUCGCCCUUGAGGGUGCAGCGCAACGGGGCCGGCUCGCACUCCACCACCUCCGACUAUGAGCUCUCGCUUGACCUCAAAAAUAAGCAGAUCGAAAUGUUAGAGCACAAAUACGGUGGCCACCUCAUCUCCCGCCGUGCAGCCUGCAAGAUCCAGACCGCCUUCCGCCAGUACCAGCUCAGCAAGAACUUUGAGAAGAUCCGUAAUUCGCUGCUGGAGAGUCGCCUGCCUCGACGCAUCUCCCUGCGCAAGGUCCGUGUGCAAAACACGGAGGGUUUCUCUGCUGAACGGGCCCUGGCAGAAGGCUGCAACUUGACAGGCAUCCCGUUGGUGCGCUCGCCAUCUCUGCCUGCCACAGUCGGUGGCACCCUGACCGACCUGGAAGACUCGUUCACUGAACAGGUCCAGUCACUGGCAAAGUCCAUCGACGAUGCGCUCAGCAACUGGAGCCUGAAGACCAUGUGUUCACUGCAAGAAGGCGGCACUUAUCAGUUCAGCACCGACUCCUUCAGUGCAGCUGCAGCAGCCGCAGCAGCAGCAGGAGUAGGAGGUGGAGGUGGAGGAGAAGGAGUUGGUGUGGGAGAGUCAACGAUUCAUCAAGCCCCAGUCGACCCAAGUGACCUGUCGAGAAGUGCGAGCAAGCUGAUGAUGGCGUUCCGGGAUGUGACGGUGCAGUUUGACAGCCAGAACUUCCGUGUUUCGUCCUCAGUCAUGGAAUCGUCCACCGUCACCCUCGGCAGCUGCGUCCAACAGGAAGGAACCCCCACCACUGUCACACCUUCUUCCACAACAACAAACUCCACUUCAGCCUUCGCUCCUCCUGCCCACUCACAAGAACUCCCUCCACCCCCUGCAGAGCUUCCAGCUGCACCUAUAGAUCCCCCGCCGCCACCACAAGAACCCCCACCACCCCCAGAAUCCCAAGAAGAAGAAGACGAGCAGGAUGUUGAAUUCCCUGCUCCUCCUCCGAGCGAAGAAGAGCUCGAGGAGGAGGAGCAGCCUCCCCUAACCCCUCUGGAUAAGAUGGCAGCCCCUCAAAGCCCAGAGGAGGUUGUAGUGGUGGUGCCACCACCCACAGAGCCCCCUCACGCCCCCCCACCCCUGCAGCGGAGCUCGCCCGUGGUAGAGCCGCUGGAGGUCAAGAGGUGCGGCUCGGAGACAGCAGAUAACAGCUCGGAGCAGAUGAGCAGCAGCAGCACGUCCACAGAGGCACGCUCCACAUCUGAGGCCUCGUCCAAAGAGGCACUGCAGGCCAUGAUCCUCAGCCUGCCACGCUACCACUGUGAGAACCCCGCCAGCUGUAAAUCACCCACGCUGUCCACUGACGUCAUGCGAAAACGCCUCUACCGCAUCGGCCUCAAUCUCUUCAAUGUGAAUCCUGACAAGGGCCUUCAGUUCUUGAUCUCUCGAGGCUUCAUCCCAGAUACACCCAUCGGCGUUGCCCACUUCCUGCUGCAGAGGAAGGGCCUGAGUCGACAGAUGAUAGGAGAGUUCCUCGGCAACAGCAAGAAGCCCUUCAACAGAGAUGUCCUAGAUUGCGUGGUGGAUGAGAUGGACUUCUCAGGCAUGGAGCUGGACGAAGCACUGAGGAAGUUUCAGGCCCACAUUCGUGUCCAGGGAGAAGCCCAGAAGGUGGAACGUCUUAUCGAGGCCUUCAGUCAGCGCUACUGCAUGUGUAACCCCGAUGUGGUGCAGCAGUUUCACAACCCGGACACCAUCUUCAUCCUGGCCUUCGCCAUCAUUCUGCUCAACACCGACAUGUACAGUCCAAACAUCAAGCCCGACCGCAAGAUGAUGUUGGAGGACUUCAUACGCAACCUACGAGGUGUGGAUGACGGAGCAGACAUCCCCAGGGACAUGGUGGUGGGAAUCUAUGAAAGAAUACAACUGAGGGAGUUACGCUCCAACGAAGACCACGUCACCUACGUCUCCAAGGUUGAGCAGUCCAUCGUGGGCAUGAAAACGGUUCUUUCGGUCCCUCAUAGAAGACUGGUGUGCUGCAGUCGACUUUUUGAGGUGACGGAUGUCAACAAGGCCCAAAAACAGGCAGCACACCAGAGAGAAGUCUUCCUCUUCAAUGAUCUCAUUGUGAUCUUGAAGCUUUGUCCAAAGAAGAAGAGCUCUGCAGCCUACACUUUCUGCAAAGCCAUGGGCCUACUGGGCAUGCAGUUUCACCUGUUUGAAAAUGAAUACUACCCUCAUGGCAUCACCAUCCUCUCACCUUUUGGCUCAGACAAGAAGCAGGUACUUAACUUCUGUGCCCCGAGUGCUGAGGAGCUGCUCAAGUUUGUAGAAGACCUGAAGGAAUCAAUCGCGGAGGUGUCGGAGAUGGAGCAGAUACGCAUCGAGUGGGAGCUGGAGAAGCAGCAGGGCGCCAAGGCGCACUCAGUAAAGAACAACGGCACACAGCUAGAGCUGCGCGGCAAACAGGGCUCCCCAUCAGGAAACCAGGAGAUAGAUGAAAGAAGUGGACACAAUGCAGUAGAGGUGUCAAUUCACAACAGGCUUCAGACGUACCAGCUCAGCAGCAGCACGGCUCGGAGUCCCGAGAGCGUGGCCCUUCUUAACCACCGGGGGGAGCUGCUUUUCCAGCAGGGGCCCCAGGGGAUAACCCACGGGCCGGCGCCUCCACCUCAGCACCCGCAGCUGCAGUCAGCGGCAAGCACCCCUGCCCACCACCUCCACCUCCAGCAGCACCACCAGGCGGCCGUGAGCAUGGCUGACCUCAGGCCGGAGACACUCAUCCAGUGUCAGCAGAUCGUCAAGGUCAUCAUGCUCGACAACAGCGGCCACGGACGCAUGGAGGCCUUCCUCAGCCAAACGCCCACACACCACCACUACCAGCAUCACCACCACAGCCACCACCAGCUCAGUCAGUCGGCCAUGUCCACCCCGGUCCGCUCGCCGGACGGCUCCCAUGGCAACGAUGGCCACCAGCCCCCGCUGCCUCCCCCACCUCCGCCUUACAACCACCCACACCAGUAUAUACCCCCCGACCCCCGCCUCAGUCUACACCGGACCCCAAGCGGCUCUCGGAGCAUGGUGUAAAUAAAUUAAUUAGUAUUAUUUUCCCCACACGUCCACACACACACUCCCCCUUCUCUACCUAUUUAAAAAGUACAUAAUGUACAUAUAUACAUACAGAUCAAAGAGCUAUAAAGAAAAAAAAAACAAAUCUCACUUAUAUGCGUAUAUUUAAGGAAAAAAAGAAAAGAAAAGUCAAAGUUUUAAAAGAGAAACGGAGAAAUAAAAUGCAUAUAUAUAAAGUUUUACUUGAUUCCACAUGUAUUUUGAAAUAUUAUGUAGUUUUAACAAAUUUCUAUAACUUUUUGUCAGUUUUAACUCUUGCUAGAGAAAACACAGAUAUUCUGGAUGGGUUCCUUCUAGUUCCGGUAUUCACCAUCACCGCCAACAACAACAACAACAACAACAACAACAACAACAACAACAACAACAACAACAACAACAACAGAAAUGGACUGCGAUGGAUGGACAACACUCCGAGGACCUUCCGCUUCUGUCUCGCUUUUAUCAUCCCGAACCUCAUGCCUACUGUGCUGUAUGUGCGCGUGCGUGCAUAGUUGACACUUUAACUGAAAAACGUGUGCCAAAAUACAUAGCCACCACUAAACACUGACUUCUUUGCACUUGACUAAACGCUAGGGCUAGGAGAAAAUAAAAAAACAAACCCUUUCUUUUUGCUUUGAGAAAAUAGUCCUGUCAUGCUUCUCCCUCAAGGAGCACAAAAAAAUGAAUAACAAAACUGAUGUUUCAUAACAAAAACUUAUCUCCCUGUUCGCGCUGUCGCUGAUUUAUUUGUGUGAUGGAGAGCCUUCUCUCUUCCUCCUCUGCUUCUCCUGGAUAACAACAAGAAAAAAAAAAAACAUCCUCCGAUAAGCUGCGUUUGUCAUCCGCUCCUCUGUUGUGUUGUGGCUCUCUAUCAUCAGAAAACACUCUCGCUCUAUUGUCACUCUCCAUAGAUCAUCCUACAGUCAAGUACGACAGAAAACAAAGGCGACCAAUCACGUGGAUUGCUGCCAAACCAAAAAGUCAGCCCAGGAUGCUCCUGUUGAUUGUUGUUUGUCUUUUACUCUCCAUGUUUAAUAUUGCUUCCCAGGAGUUCUCGCCACAUGUUUAACUGCUGAUGGAGGGAUUUUUCUUUUUUUCAUAUUUUAAAAAUUGUUCAAGCUGCUGAAACUGCUCUCGGACUUUUCUAAAAAACAAAACAAAAAAAAAACUACAAUUCACAUGUAAUAUAUGUACACUGUGCUGUAAUCUGUUGUUCAUGCAACGCUUCUCCGCCUUUUCAGGAAAACUCGCCAUGAAUUUCCAUGAAGACGCUUCUGCUACAACUGUUAAAUGUCAAGGUCUGUGUUUAUUUUGAUUUGCGCAGACACAUAUUCAAACCUUUGUGUGUUUUCGUCGUCGUCGUCAUCGGUGGAGAAAUGCAGGACACCAUACGAAACAUCCAGACACUGUCUCUUUAUGUCGGUACGACUGCCAGGUUUUUUCGUUUCGGCUCCUUGUGACUGUUUUUUCUUCCUCCCUCCUAACCUUUCAGUCUGACAUUUUCAAAAAGGCAAAAACUACAGAGGUGCACACACAGCUUUUAUUGCAAUUGCUGGCAUUAAUGGUAUUGUUUGUGCUGUUGGCUAGCCUGCUUUAAAUAGGAACGGGACAAAAAGAAUGCAUUAUCUGAUCUCUUUCUCUUUCACCCCAGCCUAGAUUGUAAAUACGACAUUCAAGCUGUGUCGGAAAGGACAAGCAAGCUACCUUUAGCCCCUUCAAAAUGCUAUAGCCCUGUCACGCGUCCUUCAUUCUGAAAUAGGUCAGCGGCUGCCCCGGCCUGAACGCGUCCAUCUUUUAAACAUAAGCCCCACCAGGUACUGCAGAAUGGAUGUUCGGUUAACUCUGCUCCCAUCUGACCUCCACCUGUCUGAUUUGUUGAUUUAUAAUCGCAGAGCCGCUGCGGGAAGGUCUCUAUCUCAUCUUUCUGUCCUUUUCCACUCAUGAUUUCAUUCAGUGGAGAGACAGAGGUUGCAGGAGAAAAACAGUCAGGCAUAGAUGAUAAGUGUGUGCGCGUAUGUGCGCGUGUGUGUGAGUGUGUGACCUCACAGUAGCAUCCCAACUUUUCCUGUAAACAAAUCGAACCUCUCUCCGUCUUGUUUAUCCUGGUUAUUGCUUUUGUUAUUUUUUCACAACACAAUGAGAAGAAUUAGCGCUUUCAAAAUAAAAGACAAUUAUAAUAUUUUCUCUGGUUAUAAACAAACUUUUAAAGGUUACAUUGACAUCAGAAGUUGUGAUAUUAUUUCACAUUGAUGGUUCGAUUGGUCAGUUAUUUGUUUAAAUCAACAUUCAGAUAUGAAUGUGAUUCUUUUCUCAUGCAUGCCAUCAGUUCAGAGGCUCUGAGUCCCAAGAGUUUUAGAUUUUUGUGCAUGACUGAAUUUGCUCAUGGGAGAUGAUGACAGAUUUUUUUUCCGUUUGUGGUUGAACUUAAAAAAAAAAAACAAAACAUGAUGGCCCAACUUGGUCUCACUCCCAACUCGUCAAAUACAGAUGCUUGGUCAGUGGCCUACAGAGGCACCCUUGUGGUGGUACGAGACGACCCAGGCAGCGACAUUUGUUCAUGCUCCAGGCAACUAAUGAAGUAUAAAGAGCGAGAAAGUCUGCAGUGGGCAGGCAGUAUUUGAGGUGGAUGGAGCAAACAAACUCUGAACUUUCACUUGAGACCACUGUUCGUGUCCCAUGUGAAGCCAAAUUUCAAUUGAGUUGUUUCAAUAAUGAUGAAGUGUACUGGUAGUAAUGGGCAAAAGGGAAACUGAUCAUCCAGGUCCCCUCAAAAAGUCGGAAUUGUUGUAAGUAAGUUUUAUUUUCUUUCCAAGUAAGUAGUGUCAUAAGUAACUUAUAAUUGGCUGAAUAUACUAGUUGAAAGUCGAAGUUCUCUGAGGCCCCUCUCAACCCUGGGUUUAGUCCACGCUCUAGGAUUUAUUUCUAAAUGCAGCUAAACCAAAGUGAGUGACUGAAAAUGCUGCUGGAGCAGGAAGAUACACUGUCCUGUCAGCCCCAAGUAAGGUAAAUCAAGGUUCCAAAAAAUAAAUGAAAGAAAGAAAGGAAAGAAAAGGGAAAGAAGGCAAACUGACUUUGUUAAAAAAAAAAAAAAAAAAAAUCAAAAGAUGCAUGAGAGAAACAUGGAUCAAGAGAGGAAGGGUGGGGGGCCUACAAAGACUGCCCAUGUACAGGGCCCAUAAUUUGGUGCUACGCCCCUGGUGACAUUGUAUCACGUUAAUAACAAACGUACAUAUUUUAAGCCAAACAAUGAUGUUGUUUCUAAACCUAACCCUGUACUGUAAAAUUCUACUCAUUUACUGUAAAAGUGGGAAUAAUUAUUUUGAAUUAUUGUUUAGAAAAGAGAUGAUGCAUAUAACUAGGGAUGCCCCCUAAUAGUCAACCAAAUGUUAGUUGACCAGAAAGGUCAAGGUCAGAUAUUAGUCAGCAAAAUUUCAAUAGUUGCUUAGUCACAGAAAAAAAAAAACCUCUACUAGGAGCUGCGUCUUGUCAAAAAUAAAUCAAAACCUAUAUGAC